AUGACUGCCCCCGCCGCCGAUCGUCCCCUCCUCUCCGACCGGCCGCCAUCUCCUUCUCCCCCUCUCCGGCACCCUUUCCAGAGCCAACCGGACCUAUCAAACAUUGAACAAGAUGCCUCAAUGCCAAUUGCUAUCAUUGGGAUGGGCUUUCGCGGCCCUGGGGAUGCAGUCACCGUGGGGAGACUCUGGACGAUGAUGGUUGAGGGACGGGAAGCCUGGAGUCCCAUCCCGGCGUCCAGAUGGAAUCCCUCCGCCUUCUUCCACCCCGACCAUGCCAGGCACGGCACAAUCAAUGUCCAAGGGGGUCACUUCCUUACCGAGGAUGUAUCGUUGUUUGACGCGCCGUUCUUCAACCUGACAGGGGACGAGGUAGCGGCCAUGGACCCGCAACAGCGAUUACUCCUUGAGGUUACAUAUGAAGGACUGGAGAAUGCUGGCAUUCCCCUGUCCAAAAUCAUGGGCAGCCAAGCAGCCUGCUUCGUCGGUUCCUUCAACGCAGACUAUAUGGACCUUCUCCUUCGAGACCCCGACUUCAUCCCAAUGUACCAAUGCACCAAUGCUGGUCAGUCCCGGGCUAUGACGGCCAACCGGAUAUCAUACUUCUUCGAUCUGAAAGGUCCCAGUGUAACCAUUGACACGGCUUGCUCCGGGAGCCUGGUGGCUCUCCAUCUGGCAUGUCAGACCCUUCGCACUGGAGAUGCCUCUGUAGCUAUCGCGGCGGGAGUCAAUGUGAUACUGAGCCACGAAUUCAUGUCAACCAUGACGAUGAUGAAAUUCCUCUCCCCGAAUGGACGCUGUCAUACGUUUGAUGAAAGAGCCGAUGGGUACGCACGGGGUGAAGCUAUUGGCUGCUUAAUACUCAAGCCAUUAAAGGAUGCCAUUCGAGAUCGGGAUCAUAUUCAUGCUAUCAUCCGAGGCUCCGGGUCCAACCAAGACGGAAGAACCCCCGGAAUCACACUUCCUAGCGGUGCGGCGCAGGAAGCUCUGAUACGUCGCGUAUAUGAAACGGCUGGUCUCAACCCGGUGGAUACCGACUUCGUUGAAGCACAUGGCACUGGAACUCAAGCCGGUGAUCCAAUAGAGACAGAGGCUUUGGCCCGUGUUUUCGGUCCAGGAAGGACCGCAAAGCGACCGCUGCGUAUUGGCUCCAUUAAGACAAAUGUCGGUCACUUGGAAGGCACCAGUGGGGUGGCUGGUGUCAUCAAAGCAGUCUUGAUGUUGGAGAACCGCAUGUUUCUUCCGAAUCGGAACUUCAACACCUUAAAUCCCCGGAUCCUGCUCGACGAGUGGAAGCUGAAGGUUCAACUCGAAUGCGAGCCUUGGAGUACAUUAGGUCCCCAUCGUGUCUCUGUUAACAGUUUUGGGUACGGCGGCAGCAACGCUCAUGUGGUUCUGGAAGACGCCUGGGGAUAUAUGUCGGAACAUGGCUUGACAAAAUUGGCCCGGCCAUUAGUAUCGUGCAAUGUAGGGAAUCAUGUCCACUCCUCUGAAGCUCGUCGGACUCGUGUUUUCUUACUGUCCGCCUUCGAUGAGGACUCGAUUACGGCACAAAUUCGUCACCUACGUGCAUAUCUCUUGAGUAAUGGGUCAGGGGCAGAUGACGAGUUCAUGAAUAAUCUUGCACAUACGUUGAAUGAGCGUCGUACUGCACACUUGUACAGAGUUGGGGUUCUGGGUAGCUCUGCCGCUGACGUGGCAGAAGCGCUGGUGGGAGUGGCGAGAGUGUACAAAGCUCCUCGCAGACCAAACGUCAGCUUUGUAUUCACUGGCCAGGGAGCGCAAUGGUGCGGUAUGGGCAAAGGCCUUAUGGCUGCAUACCCAGUCUUUUGCCAGUCUAUCCGCAGAAUCGACGCCUAUAUGGCGGGGAUUCACGCCCCCUUUCGAACUGCUGAUAUACUCGAGGCUGAGGAUUACGCUCAGCUAAGUCACCCUGCAUUCAGCCAGCCGAUAUGUUCCGCCUUACAGAUUGCCCUGGUGGAUCUCCUUGCUUCGUGGGGAAUCCAUCCUGACUCCGUAACCGGGCAUUCAAGUGGCGAGGUCGCCGCGGCUUAUACUGCGGGCGCUCUGAACAUGGAAGAUGCCAUGGCCGUGGCCUAUUAUCGCGGUGUUGUAGCUGGAAAUCUGUCUGCAUAUCACAGCCAAGGCAAAGGUGCCAUGCUUGCCAUCGGAAUAUCUGCUGAUGAUGCUCAGACUUAUAUAGACCAGUUGCAAUCAGGCAAAGCCUCUGUGGCUUGCAUAAAUAGCCCGCAUAGUGUCACGAUCUCUGGCGAUGAAUCGGCCAUCCAGGAGCUCGAGGAGCGAGUCCGCGACAAAGAAGUCUUCAGCCGUCGCCUAGCUGUUGAGGUUGCCUAUCAUUCCCACCACAUGGAACUAGUGAGGGACGAGUACUUGAAAUACAUCUCGCAUAUUAAACCACGGAGUGAAGAUGAAAUAGCUCAUUGCCUGUCCAAUCGAUCAGUGGCAUUUUAUUCCUCGGUCAGCGGCACGGAAAUCCAGCCCACGGAGCUAGGUCCGCAAUAUUGGGUCCAAAAUCUCCUCGGUCAGGUGAAAUUCUCCCAAUCUCUGCGGACUCUUUGUUUUGAAACGCGUGGUAACAGGAACAACCCUAAUUAUCUGGGUAAGAAAAGACCCAGGCGAGCUGGUACUGCGCGCAAGAUCAAUGUUGACUUUCUGUUGGAGAUCGGCCCGCAUGCAGCCUUAUCAGGUCCGAUAAAGCAGACUCUGAAAGGGGAUAGCAGAUUAGAUACAGCAGAUAUCAUGUAUAUCAGUGCUUUAAUGCGCAAGCAUCAGGCGGUCGCGACUAUUCUGACCAUGGUUGCAAUACUGGCAUGCUCUGGGCUUCCUGUCAACUUCCGCGGGAUCAACGAACCUGACCCAUCACAUGAGCCUCAUCUCAUAGUGGACCUUCCCUCUUAUCCCUGGAACCAUUCUCGAUCUUAUUGGGCAGAGCCACGGUUGAGCAAGGUGUUUCGGAAUCGCAAAUACCCGCGUACUGACAUCCUUGGUGUGCAAGAUGUUAUGUCUAGCCCCUUUGAGCCCCGGUGGAGGAACAUUAUACGUGUGUCCGAAACACCAUGGCUUAUGGAUCAUAGAAUUCAAUCCAAUAUUGUAUACCCUGCUGCUGGAUACAUUACCAUGGCGAUUGAGGCAGUCUCCCAAGUUGCCUCGGUGGAUGCAGGUGACUAUACUACCACCGAAUUCUAUCUGCGCGGUAUUUUGAUACGGUCGGCCCUUGUUCUUGACGAAACAUCUGCGGUCGAGGUCAUAACCUCGUUGCGGCCGUCCGAGAACGUCUAUGCUUUUCAGGGCCCUUCAUAUGAGUUCCACGUAUACUCGGUGACUGACGACGAUCGAUGGACUGAACAUUGUACGGGAGUUGUUGGCGUUCGAAUCUUUUCCACCGGCUCUAGUACCGCGAUAGGCGCGGCUCGGCUGUGUAAUGAGCCCAGAAUGGCCGCUCUUGAUGUUCAAGCUUUCUACGAGAAUUUGGCCAGUGUUGGACUCGAAUAUGGACCGUGCUUUGCCAACAUUACCCAGGCCUCCUAUGCCGGCGGGGCGUCCAUAGCAGAGAUCACCAUCCCUGACACCGAAGCAGUGAUGCCCAUGAACUUUCAGUAUCCUCAUUUCAUCCAUCCAUGUACAUUAGACGGUAUUAUACAUUCAUGUUUUAUUAACACUGAUAUGGCAGGAAGCCCAGCAGUCCCUGUUCACAUCGAGGAGAUGGAAAUUCGGGCCAAGAUCGAGGGUACGGCUGGAAACAGACUCGACGUACGUACCUGGAUCACCAAGGAAACGAAGGGCGAGAUUGUGGCUUCUUUUUCUGUUGCGGGGAAGGACCAACGGAUUGCAGCUUCAAUUAACGGGCUUCAUUGUCGACGGAUUGAUCAAGGUUCAACAGAUUCUGGUACUCAAAUACCGAAACUCGCAUACAACAUUGAAUGGAAAGCCGACCCAGACAUGCUUCCAAAAAAGACCCUCUCGAAUCUGCUGAAGGGUUCUCCCAUGUUACACGACAACGAUCUGGAAAAAGAGAAGUUAUACGAAGAUUACGCUCUAUUCUACCUCCGAAAAACAAUGAAUGCCUUGAAAGAUACUCACUUUGAAGGCAUCUCACCAUGUAUAAAACUCUACCUCGAAAGAUUGAUACAUGAUGAGAAACGGGUAGGGACAAAACCUAUCUCAGAACUUGAUAGUGAGCCUGCAGUUCUACCAGGGCCUGAGGGAAAGGCACUGUGCGUGAUGGGCCAUAAUCUCGCGGCAAUAUUACAAGGGCAGUUUGGUGGUCCGACCGUGUCCAACGACCAGUUUCUAUGGGACGCAUACUGGGAAAGCUCGCUUCAUGAUCCAAUCUACGACAGUAUUUCCAAGUAUCUAGACCUAAUCACUCAUAGAGAUCCUAUGGUGUCUAUUCUCGAGAUAGAUGCAGGCACAGGUCUAUCAUCAUGGAGAUUUCUACGGCGCCUAACACCUUCAGGCGGUAGCAGCCCUCGAUGCAGUCGGUACACCGUUACCAGUCCAGACGAAACGGUAUUCGAGACUGCAGCUAGAACUCUAUCCAUAUGGAAACGCUGGGUCACCUUCAAGAAGUUGGACAUCACCGAGGACUUAGAAUCCCAGGGUUUUAAUAAUCUGGCAUACGAUGUUGUGAUUGUUUCAUAUGGCCUACAUAGGGUCGGGUCUAUCCAAGACGCCCUUGAAAAUAUCCACUUGCUGCUCAAGCCAGACGGUCAUUUGAUUUUGGUGAACUCACUGCAAAGCCCGGUCGAUGUUAUUCUUUUUGCCGACCGCGAAGAGACAUGGGCCGAUAACAGAGCAACUUACUCUAACGGUGACUGGGAUCUGUCUCUGAAAGCAGCACAAUUCUCAGGCAUAAAGGCACUGGUUGAGUCUGGAGGGCGACGUUCAAUGAUAAUCUCACGGCCUAGACAUGACCAUGUUUCAUCUCCCGUGGAAAUCCUCCUGGUUACAGAAGACACUAAGGGGAUAUCAACUCCCCUACAGAACAUGCUUGUCACUACCCCUCUGGCCGUGGAGGUUACCAGUCUCCAUAAUGUUAAACCCUCAGGGAAAAUCUGCGUCGUGUUGUGUGAUCUAAACACAUCGGAACUGGCACAUGUCGACAAAGAGACAUUUCCUGCCAUCAAGCGAAUUUUCCUGGAAGCAUCGGGUGUGCUGUGGGUCACGAAAGGCGGCACGCUGUUGUCUGACGAUCCGGAUGCCAGCUUGAUCACUGGAUUCGCACGGACAGCCCGUUCAGAAUCUGCAGUUCGGCGUAUAGUUACUUUGGACUUUGAUAAACGAACUCCAGAUGAGGACAUUGCUGAGCUCAUAUAUCGUGUCAUUGAGCACCGAUUUUCUAAAGAUGAUCCAAGUGCAAUAGAUUACGAGUAUGCAGCACAGGAUGGCCUAUUACUUCUUCCUCGGGUUACAGAGGACACGGCAUUGAACCGAUCGCUUGCUAUCUCAAACGACCAAUAUAUUCUCAAAGACGAACCUUUUCAGGGCAGUAGACCUCUUCGAACAAUCUACGAUAGUACUUCCCAUCCCUCCAAGGUCCGCUUCGUCGAAGCCCCUACUACCGAGCUUGCAGCAGAUCGUGUGCGGAUCAGGGUCCACGCUACCAGCUUGAAACAACGAGAUGCGCAAGCUGUAUUCGGUUUCCCUACAAGUCAUAUGCUAGGAUUUGGCUGCAGUGGUUUUGUCGAAGCAGUGGGAGAAGAUGUCGACGACCUCGUCCCUGGUGACAGAGUGACUGGAUUUGGGAAAGAUACAGUGGCCAGCAUAUAUGAAGAUCGGAAGACGGCAUUUUACAAGAUGCCAGCAGACAUGCCGUUCGAGUCAGGUGCAGCUCUGCCGGAAACAUAUUGCUCGGCUUUUUAUGCCGUUCACCAUUUGGCUCGCGUUCGUGCUUCGGAAAAAGUCCUGAUAUCUUUAGCGGACAGCGCUAUUGGACAGGCUGUAUUGGAGUUGGGUCAUCUACAAAGAGCCCACGUUUUGCUCUUUACCGAGACGGCAGCAGACAAGGUCCUCUUGUCAGCAUUAUACAAUAUUCCUGAGGAUCGGAUACUAUUUCAUGAUCAGAGGUGCCAAAGAGAGGGGUUCGAUGUCAUCCUGAACUGCACUCACUCCGACGACCGAACGUAUCACUUACUGUGGAAGUAUAUCAACCGAUCAGGUCGAUUCAUACAAUUCUCUAACACACAGUCCACGAAGGGCCCUGGAUGGGCACUUCCCCGCUCUCAGGACGAUGUGACGUUUGCAACAUUUAGUCUCGACAGCGUUCGAAAUAAGGGCCCGGACUUUGUGGAUCAGAUUUGGAUGCAAGUAGGCGACCUUUUACGAGAUGACAAACUGCAAGGUCCUGUGAGCCCUGUAACAUACGCUAUUUCUGAGAUCAAUGAAGCUUUGGAUGCACUUGUGUCGGAUCAGCCAGCGGACUUAAUAGUUCUCACAGCCGGGCCAAAGGAUGUUGUUCAGGUCAUGCAUCCGAAGCACGCAGACCAGUUACUUCGGUCAGAUGCCUCUUAUGUGCUUGUUGGAGGACUGGGAGGCAUAGGGAGAGCCACCGCGCUAUGGAUGGCCGAUCACGGUGCCAAAACCCUGAUAUUUGUCAACAGGAGCGGUGUUUCCCACGCGCAGUCCCAAGCCACGGUUUGCGAGCUAGCAGAGAAGGGCGUUCGCGUUCUGGUACAUGCUGUCGACAUCUGCAGCAGUACUCAGGUUGAAAACAUGAUGUCUGAGCUAGCACAUACGGCACCCCCAAUUCGCGGCGUCAUUCAAGCAGCGAUGGUCCUCCGGGACAUUCACAUUGAAAAAAUGACACUCGAGGACUACAACGCUGUCCUCGGCCCCAAACAUACCGGCACCUGGAAUCUCCACCACCAUCUCCCAAAAGACCUCGACUGGUUCAUCAUGCUUUCCUCCAUCAGUGGUAUCAUAGGCAAUGCAACACAAGCUGCUUACGCCGCCGGCUCAGCCUUCAUGGACUCAUUCGCCGCGUACCGUAACUCCCUCGGAUUUCCGACCGUCUCCCUCGAUCUCGGUGUCAUCACCGACGUCGGCUACCUAGCCGAAAACACCGAGCUCGCAUCGAAAAUGGCCAAACAAGGAUUUCAAGGCACAGACACCCCUACCCUAAUGUCUCUCAUCGAGGCCGCUAUCACAUCAGCACUGAAUAAUUCAAACGGACUCCAACCUCAGUCCUCCCAAAUCAUCACCGGCCUUGGAACCUGGAGCCCAAUCCACUCACUCCCCAACUUCAACUCGCCUCUCUUUUCCCAUUAUCGUCGCUUAUUCAUCGACCCAAGCGAAGAUACCACUACCACUAUCUCGUCCCUCGAUACCAUCCGCGACACCUUACAGUCCAGUAAAUCCCUCGACGAAGCCUCAAACAUCAUCUACUCGGCCCUCAGUGCCCGAAUCGCUUCCCAUCUCUCCAUCCCCGUCGACAGAAUCGACCCUAACAGCCCCAUAACCGAAUACGGCAUUGACUCGCACGUCGCCGUCGAUUUGCGCACCUGGAUUCUAAAGAACAUCGAGAGUGCGGUCUCCAUCCUGGAGAUCUUAUCCAGUGGCUCAUUGAUGGAUUUGGCGGGGCGGAUUGCAGAGAAGUCGGAAUUGGUGAAGGUGAAGGAGUGAAGAGAAAUCUAGUUUCGUGUGCGUGCGCGCUCAUGUAUUUUCUUUUUCUACUUGAAAGUUCUUAGAAGAUUGCUUGACGUUCGUGACAUAUGUUUGUUCGGUUGUUGUUUGUCUUUCCUAUCUGGACACCUAAGAGCGGAGGUAUGGGAG